AUGAAUCCAAACUCUGACAACAACCAAAGAUGGGAGGCCAAGCUCGAGGACUUAACUUCCAACGUGCAGCAGAUACAAGAUAACUUGUUGGAGGAGAUACUCACACCUAACCUAAAAACUGAGUACCUCCAACGUUUCCACAUCGAGAGGUUUGAUAAAGAGCUCUUCAAGAAGAACGUACCGGUCGUAUCCUACGAAGAUAUUAAGCCUUAUAUCGAUCGUGUUGUUAAUGGAGAAUCAUCUGAUGUCAUAUCGGCCCGUCCUAUUACUGGUUUCUUGCUAAGUUCGGGAACUUCGGGAGGUGCACAAAAGAUGAUGCCAUGGAACAACAAGUACUUGGACAAUUUAACAUUCGCAUACGAUCUUCGUAUGCAUGUUAUAACCAAGCAUGUGAAAGGUUUGGAGAAAGGAAAAGGGAUGAUGUUUCUCUUCACCAAACAAGAAGCCAUUACACCUUCUGGCUUACCUGCUCGAGUUGCAACAAGCAGCUAUUUCAAGAGCGACUAUUUCAAGAACCGUCCAUCGAACUGGUACUACUCGUACACAAGCCCUGAUGAAGUCAUACUAUGUUCAAACAACACACAAAGUCUAUACUGCCAUUUGCUAUGUGGCUUGGUCCAAAGAGACGAGGUUGUGAGAAUGGGUUCCAUCUUCGCUUCAGUCAUGGUCCGAGCAAUCAAGUUUCUUGAAACUUACUGGGAAGAGUUGUGUUCUAACAUCCGUUCAGGCCAUCUCAGCGAGUGGAUCACCGACCUCGGUUGUCAAAGCUCCGUGUCUUUAGUCCUUGGUGGGCCACGUCCUGACUUAGCCGACACGAUUGAAACAAUAUGUAACCAGAGUUCAUGGAAAGGUAUAGUCACAAGACUUUGGCCAAACACUAAAUAUAUUGAAACCGUUGUUACGGGUUCAAUGGGGCAGUACGUUCCCACCAUGAACUACUAUUGUGACGACUUGCCUCUCGUUUCAACAACGUACGGUUCUUCGGAGACAACGUUUGGGAUUAAUGUAGAUCCUUUGUGCAAACCUGAAGAUGUUUCUUAUGCUUUCAUGCCUAACAUGUCUUACUUUGAGUUCAUAACAAUGGAUGGAGACACGCGUGAUGUGGUUGACCUUCAAGAUGUGAAGCUUGGGUGCACUUAUGAACCUGUGGUCACAAAUUUCGCUGGAUUGUAUAGAAUGAGAGUGGGAGAUGUUCUCUUGGUGACUGGUUUCUACAACAACGCUCCUCAGUUUAAGUUUGUAAGAAGAGAGAACGUUGUCUUGAGCAUAGAUUCAGACAAAACCAACGAGGAAGAUCUCUUUAAAGCUGUAAGCCAAGCCAAGCUCGUUCUUGACUCAUCUGAUCUCAUUCUUGUAGACUUCACCAGCUAUGCUGACACCUCAACGUUUCCGGGUCACUACGUGCUUUACGUUGAAGUAAAGGCCAAAGAGGGGAACAAUCAUUUGGAGCUUAAUGAGGAGGCGUUCUCCAAUUGUUGUUCAGUGAUAGAGGAUUCGCUUGACAAUGUUUACAAGAGAUGUAGGUUCAGAGAUGGGUCAGUGGGGCCUUUGGAGAUAAGAGUGGUGCGUCAAGGGACGUUUGAUUCUCUCAUGGACUUUUUCAUCACACAAGGUGCUUCCAUUGGUCAAUAUAAGACUCCUAGAUGCAUUAAAUCAGGAAAUGCCUUGGAAUUUAUGGAGGGCUGUGUGGUUGCAAGGUUUUUUAGUACUUGA